UAUUUUGUGCCAGUAUCACUUGAGGUUGAAAAAAAUAAUAUCGGUCUAAAAUAAGAAGUCGUGAGAAAAAUGACGAUUUCAUAUGAAAACUCAAAAACUACCUUAAAACAAACUUGAAAACAACAACAAAGUAUGGAUACUUCGUUACGUCCCAACACUGCCCACGGGACAGAUUUGCCGAGAAUUUGUGUAUGCAAAACAAUCAAUUGACUGACAUCUAUCGGCGAAAAACGGCACUCCGCGAUGACGCUCUCCCGUUACGCACGUUACGCAGUUUGCGCGUAGCUACGUAAACGCGUACGUCUCAUGCUUCAAAGGUUGCACUUUUUUUCACCGCACAGUGUCGUCCUCGCGGUCCAGCAUCACUCCCUGACAACAGCAGCGAUGGCGGAGCCCACAGCACACGAUUCGAUGGACGCUGCCCAGCCUCCAUCCUCGACCCCGGGCCUUUCCCCCGCGGCCAGCCCGGGCUCCGAGCCGCUAUCCGUGGCCCUGUCUCCCACGGCGGACGGCUCUCAGCGGCUGCUCUUCUCCCACGACUUGGUCUCCAGGAAGUAUAGAGGAUCUGUCCGGUUUGGCCUCGUACGGAUGAUCCACGGCGAGGAGGAAUUCAACUCCGACUCGGACCUUGAUGAUGGUGGAGGGAGAGACGGCGGCGGCGGAGGAGGAGGAGGAGGAGGAGGAGGAAAAGGCGGUGGAGGUGGACGAGUCCCGUGUGACAUACACAGUCGGCCUCUGGGUCGCGGAUUUGUCCGUGUCCUAUGGUACCCUGAUGGAGGGAAGCAAGACAUCGGGGAGACACAGCUGUUGCUUGAAGAUCGAUCCAUCGUGAUCAGAGACAUUGUUCGACGCAAUAAUUCAAAUGAUAACCAGUGUGGCAUUGUGACCAAUGUGAACAUUGAGUGUGCAGUGAAACUGUUGGGCACAAACUGUGUACUGUAUCCUGUCAACAGCAAAGAGCUACAGCAUAUUUGGUCUUUCAUGUACGGUGACUACAUAGUUUAUGACUUUUGGCUCGGGAAAGUGUACGACUUCACCAGUCAUAUCGUCCUCAAGCUCUCCAAUGGAGCCAGAUGUUCCAUGAAUGUGGAGGACGGAGCCAAGCUGUAUGAUGUCAGUCCUCAUGUAUGUGAUCCGGGUCUGUUCUUUGAUGAGGAGUAUGGGUUCUAUCCUGGCCAGGUGCUGAUUGGUCCUUCUAAAGUCUUCUCUAAUGUCCAGUGGCUGUCAGGGGUCAAACCUGUCCUCUGCAGGAGUUGCAAGUUCAGGGCAGUGGUGGAAGAGGUCAAGGUUUCUGAGCUGAAUGUGACGUGGAUCACAAAAAGCUACUCCCCAAAAGGCUCUGACAGCAUCUAUCCUCCGCCCUGCACCAUCACGCAAGAGAACCUCUGCAGGGUGAGGCGCUUAGGCCACUAUGACCACACCCAGAGGCAGCUUGGAGACAGGGGGCUCUAUGUGUUCCCUGCUAAUGGGGAUGCCACGCGCAUUACAUUCGAAGGACCUGAAGGGACCCCUGUCCUGCAAGAGGACCCUGUGGGCAGAAAGUUGAAAAGAUUUUUCAAGAAAGAUGCUGGCAAGAAGACAGAGAACAUCGAUACGCAAGGCGAGCACAACUCGGAACAGACAGACGCCUCCCAUCACGACAGUAACUGCCCAAACAAUCAGAACCCCCCCGACCCCCAGAUUACUCGCAACGCUCCUGCUGAACACGGCGAGCACGACGCUGAUGACGAGGCAGCAGAGGACACGGACGACACCAGUUCUCUGACAUCAUCAGCCAGCUCCACAACGUCCUCAAAAAGCGGAGGUCUGGGACCCAACCGCAAGAAGAGCAUCCCACUCUCUAUACGCAACCUGAAGAGGAAACACAAGAAGAAGAGGACCAAGUUCUCCCGCGAGUUCAAACCAGGAGAUAGUGUGGCUGUGGAAGUUGUAUCUACCAAGACCACAGCUGAUGUAAUGUGGAAGGAUGGACAUGUGGAGAAAGGGAUACGAUCAAAUGACCUCAUCCCCAUCCAGCACCUAGACGGACAUGAGUUCUGCCCUGGCGACUUUGUUGUGGACAAACGAUCCCAAGCCCUCCAGGACCCAGGCGUCUAUGGUGUGAUCCAGUCUGGUGACCACAAGGACAGGACAUGUGUCGUGAAGUGGAUCAAACUCAACGCCACCAGUGACGACGUGGAGGUUAUUGGUGUGGAGCAAGAUGUCAGCGUGUAUGACAUAGCGGAUCACCCAGAUUUCCAUUUCCGCACCACUGACAUUGUCAUAAGAAUAUGGAACUCGGAAGUCGGCGAGAAUGAGUGUGAAAAUGAGACUUCAGUCGGCCAAGUAUCCAGGGUGGAUGUGAGCAGCAAAGUGGAGGUGGUGUGGGCAGACAACUCCAUGACCAUCGUCCUCCCACAGCAUCUUUACUGUGUGGAGUCUGAUAUCGAGGAGGCGGACUACGACUCGGCGGAUGAGACAAGCAGCGGCUUGUCCACUGAAGAGUGGGAGGACGAGAGUGACAGCUGGGAGACGGAUAACGGCCUCACCACAGAGGACGACAGCCACGUCGACAAUAUGGAUGUCACUGAGACGGUGACCCCUACAUCCUGUUACUCCACAUUCAUCAUUCCCCCUCAAGAGGGGGACAAAGUCGGGGUCACCAGUCCCACGAAAUCAGCCGGUGGAAAGGAGGGCGAGUCAUUGGUAGUGCCGAGUUCAGCUUCUGGUGGAGCAGGCGCUGUCAACGGAGCUGAGAAGCCAGGUAAGGACUGCGCCUCUCGAGGCUUCCGGGAGUUGAAGGAAGCCCUGAGGAUCCUGGAGAGCCUGAAGAACAUGACUGUGGAGCAGCUUUGGACCGGCCUCUCUCCGACAUCCCCCACCUCCGUCGCACCUUCUUCGACAGCUCACGUUGCAAGUCCGGCGCCACCUUCGGCCCCUGAAAAACCCAACAAGGAGAAGCGUUUCCUUGAUGACCUCAAGAAGCUGCAGGAGAACCUGAGAAAGACGCUGGAUAAUGUGGCCAUCGUAGACGAGGAGAAAAUGGAGGCUGUAGUAGAAGCAGGCGGGGGUGCGGGGACAAAGGUUCAGAGACCUGCAGAGGAGAAGCCCCACCACGAGCCUCAGACACCGGUGACUGGACAGGAAUGGCCCAGUGACUUUCUGAGUGACACACCUGUACUGUGCCAACAGAGUGGCGGCAAACCUGGCGUCACCUUUACCAGUGCCAAGGGUGAAGUGUUUUCUGUGUUGGAUUGGGCGCCAGAAACGCACUCCUUUCAAAAAAUGGAAUUUCAGCCAGCUGAGGCCAAAAAGUUUUUCAGCACUGUAAGGAAGGAAAUGGCUCUGCUGGCCACCUCACUGCCAGACGGUAUCAUGGUCAAAACCUUUGAAGAUCGUAUGGACCUCUUCUCGGCUCUGAUCAAGGGGCCAAAUCGUACGCCCUACGAGGACGGCCUGUUCCUAUUCGACAUCCAGCUGCCUAACAUUUAUCCAGCACUGCCGCCUCUUUUCCGCUACCUGUCUCAGUGCAGCGGCCGCCUCAAUCCCAACCUCUACAACAACGGCAAGGUCUGCGUCAGUCUGCUGGGCACCUGGAUCGGCAAGGGCACUGAGAGAUGGACCAGCAAGUCCAGCCUACUGCAAGUCCUCAUCUCCAUACAAGGUCUGAUCCUGGUCAACGAGCCUUACUACAACGAGGCGGGCUUCGACAGCGACCGCGGCCUCCAGGAGGGUUACGAGAACAGCCGCUGCUACAACGAGAUGGCCCUGAUCAAAAUGGUCCAGUCCAUGACGCAGCUGCUCCAGAAUCCCGUGGAGGUGUUCAAGCAGGAGAUCCGGGAGCACUUCGUCUCCAACGGCUGGCGUCUCGUCCACCGCCUGGAAAUGUGGCUGGAGCUGCAUGACGCCGCCGAAAGGGGCCACACUUCGCACGCCGCUUCCAGGGCUCAUCGCGCCAAGCCCUCUUGCGUAGAGACUUUAGAAGAGCAGGCGCCCGUGGCCGUGGCCCACAGCACCCCCAGGAAGGCGGGAGGCAAUAUUAUUGAAGAGGAGCCAGAGGAUUCGGGACUGAGUCCGUCCACUACGUCCGCCUUUCAGGGGGAGACCGGCCAGAUCGCGGACCGCGGCGACAACUCCCGAGGGUUCCCCGACGACAAGGGUGCAGUUUCUGUCUCGUCAGAACCGGUUUCCUCCGGUGGCGACGGAGCCUUGGCCCAGCCAGUGGUGCGACCCAAGAAACGGAGAAAGAGCUAUCGGAGCUUCCUCCCUGAGGGCGGCGGCUACCCGGACAUCGGCUUCCCUCUCUUCCCGCUCUCUAAAGGCUUUGUGAAGAGCGUCCGCUGCGUGCUGCUGCAUUAUCGAGCCGCGCUGGUGGCUGCCGCCAUCCCCGAGCAUGCCAAUGACACAUAAAGAUACAGACAAUGGACCUCAGCUGCUAUGUGUCACAGAGACCCUUAUCUGCACAUUAAGCCGGUAAACGUUCCCCCAAACCCCUUCUGUCAAUGGUGGACAGUGAACACAGUGGAAAGAACAGUGCCAAGGACCUGAUAACCACCUCGUGUUUCAAUUUCGCUUGAAAAGCUGACAUGUUAACACCACCGGGUUCCUGUUUCAAACCCCGUUCUGCUGCCACUUUGUAGCCCCGCUGAUUCCAUCAGUGGACCAUCCUGCACUGAUGACUCCAUCGAAAUGCGUCAAGCAGGCAUAUGGGAACUUUUUUUUUCUUCUUCUUCUCAAUCAAACCCACUUCUUGUAUGCUUUCUGCCAAAUUACGCCAACACACGCAUUUUCCAGAAUGUACUGGAUGUCACCAAACUGCCAACAGCUUGUCACUUCAUCACGCUGUUUUAUUUAGAUUACAGUCCUAGCUUGAUUUUGACCUCACAACACCCUCCCAGCAUUCACCACCUUGCAUUUUGUUGACGUACGAAUAAAUGAACAAAAUAUGAGCUCAGACGCAAAACAUUUCAACUCGUGAGCCAAGGUGCCACUGUAUUACCAUAAUGGAACUUUUGAAGUUCAUUUUAAAUCCAGCCGCCAUCACUCAAGUCUACCUUAAGUCACACAACGUUAACGUCCAUUCCAUCAUCUCAUCAAAAUGUUGCCUUACUUGGGGGAUUGGGGGGGGGGGGGAAUCUUCGACAGAGCUGCUUGUUUGAAUAGUACUACACCUUAUUGCAGUGUUCUCCAUUGCUCCCUCAGCCCUCCUCACUGCAUGAAUGGCACCAAACUACACAUCUGCUUAUCUGGCACAAUUGCUCUCCCCUGGCCAUGUGCAUUUGGUUCAAAAUUAAUAAAUAAAUAAACGUGGUGACAGGUGAGGCUGUACUUUACUGUGAAAGAAAGUGAUACUUGUGCUUCCAAGGGAGAGCAGAGAGGUUUUUUGUUUACAUCUUUUUGUUUGUUUGUUUUGCUUUGCACACAAACACCCAAAUGGAAUCAUGUUUAUUUUUUCCUUCUGACUUAGCAGAUGCAAUGCUUGUAACAUGGGCUUUUCGAUAUGCUGUUGAACUACCUUGGUGACGAGAGCUGAGAGUUGUUUUAUGAGUUUAAAUGAUGGAUUUGUUGCACACACACACACACACACACACACACACACACACACAGUGGAUGAGGCAAUCAAGCUUCCUUGACUGACAUUCCGACAUUAUUUUGCUGCCUUUAUUGCUACAGAGAAAGAAGUGAUCUUCAUUGUAGCGCAGAGCCUGUGUUAGCUUGACCCCCCCCCCGAACCCCCUCCUCCACGCUGCUGUCUGUAAAUGUCAGAUGUCAAUGCCAGUUUCCUACAUCGAGUGCAAACAGGCACCCACAUACAACUGACGCCAUUGCUUGUGAAGCUGUCAAAGAUCUGAUCAAGCCUGUUGCUUUUGAACAAUAUUCUAUGUGUUGUUAUUCUCCUCCUACCCAAGCCAAAGCAUGUAACAUUUUGCUUUAAAAUUAGCCUUUCUGACAGGCAACACAGACUUGACUGUACCAUGUCAUUUCCACAGUGGCCUGCUUUAUUUAUAAAGAAAUUAAUUAUAUAUAUAGAUAUAUAUACACACACAUACAUACCUAAAGAGUUAGUUAUUAUUUGUAGCCGGAUUCCCUCUGUGCAGAUGUCAUGGAUGUAUAUACUCACAUGAUGUGCAGAUGCUCGGGGCAUAUGUACACAAUGAUUACAUUUUUGAUUUUUUUUUUAAUUACAUUUGUUGUGUUGAGACAGAUGUAUAAUAACGUAUUAAACUUUGCAAGCAGUA